CUGCGAAUGGGUGGAGUUGCACGCGUUGCGUGAUUGCAGCUCGCCUAGCGAUAUCGUGGGUUUCCCAUCAUCAGUUCCUGCGCACGAACACACCCAACAAUCACUCGGACCGGCAUACAAUAGCGUCCUUGGUUCAUUCCGAGCGACGGGUGAGUGUGUGUGCAGAUGCGGGUCGGUGUGUCGGUUGGUCUGCAAACGCCACUGAUACCGUCACCUAAGACGCCGAAGUGAAGCCAUUGUGCACCCACCUGACCAUCACCAGAGGUAAGCUGCAGCCAUGGCGGAACCGCAACUAGGAGCAGGCGGACGGCGAGCCUCGAGACGAGUACCCAAAACCUUCCUGCAUGCAUCGUCCAGCUUGAUCAAGGGCAGUAUUAUAUACAAUGUAAAGUAUUGGGGCUCUGUGGAGGUGAGCAAACCGAAAGGAGCCGACAUAGUCAAGCAGGCAAUUGAUGCCAUAUCGUCGCAAAUAGGAAUUAUCAAGUUGAAGGGAGGCAAAACGAUGAAGGCUACCCUGGGCAUCUCGUACAAAGCAAUCCGAACGGUCGAUGCAAGGUCAAAGAACCCUGUACACGUACAUCCGCUGGGUGCAGUGACGUACGCAGGCGAUGACAAGACCAACAAGAGCGUGUUCGCCUACAUCGCCCAGGACCCGGCCACUAGCAAGUUCUUUUGCUACGUGUACGGCGCAGACUCGGUGGCCAGUCAAAUUAGCUUAACAGUUGCUCAAGCGUUUGAUGUCGCCUUCAAGGAAUUCAAUAAGACGUUAGGUGCAGACAAGGCCAAGAUUCGCAAGAAGAUUGACACGGUCCAAAAAGCUGUUGAAGAUGCAGCUACUGGGGCCGGUCCUGCUCCCAAUGGAGCACCAGCAGCCGCUGCUCCUGUUGCUCCUGUUGCAGCUCCUGAACCGAGUGUACCAGCGACUUCAGCGAAGCUCACAGCUGCAGAGUCUAUCGACGACCCAGGUAGAGACCAAGGGUUCUUCGAGCCGUUUGACCUGAAUUCGGCCGAGCUACCCGCACCGGUCUUUGGACCUGGUAUUGAUGAUAUCGACGAUGCAAUAAAGAGCAUUGAAGACCAAGUUGGAGGUCUCUUGGAGGGAUUUGGAGAAGGCUUUGCCCUGGAUGGCGGGAAAUCUUAGGCCGGCCGAGACGAGCAAGCAAGCGGAAUCAUGCCAUAGUAUUUAUUGUGCAGCCGGGCAUUUGAACGGAACUGGAAUUCCAUUUUUUGACCUGCCACCUUAUCUAUUCUAAAGUCUUCUUUUUAUCACACUGGAGACAUACACACUAUUCUUUGUAUUGUGA